GCAGAUGUCGGCGAGGACAGGCUGGCGGUGUGCCCCGACGGACAUUUUGCGGCCAACGUGGAAACGCUAAACGGGGAGCAAACGUCUUGCCCCACGUGCAGAGAAAAACUCACCCAGACCAGAGGGAUUGAAGUGGGACACACGUUUUAUCUGGGCACCAAAUAUUCCUCCGUCUCUAACGCUGUCUUCUACUCCCCUGAGAACAAACCCCGGCUGGCAGAAAUGGGUUGCUACGGCCUGGGCGUCACCCGCAUCCUGGCGGCCUCCAUCGAGGUGCUCUCUACGGAGGACAGCAUUCGCUGCAUUCGCUGGCCAAGCCUCAUCGCGCCCUACCAGCUCUGCUUCAUUCCCCCCAAGAGAGGCAGCAAGGAGGAGGAGGAGGGAGCCGCGCUGCUGGAGCGGGUGUACGACGACCUCACCAAAGCGCUGCCCCACCUCGCCGGCGACUCAGUGCUGGAUGACAGGACGCAGCUGACCAUCGGCAAAAGGCUAAAGGACGCCAACAAGUUGGGUUAUCCCUACGUGGUCAUAGCCGGGAAGAGGGUAUGCGAGGACCCCCCGGUCUUUGAGGUCUGGAAUCAGAAUGCCGGCGAGGUUUUGUUCCUCACUAAGGAGGGUGUCAUUGAGUUGCUGAGUAAAGUGCAAGUCCCUUAA